AUGGAAACUACACCCUUACUGACGAGAUCAAAAAAGACAUCCAUCUGGUCAAGAUUUAAUUUGUUUAGAUUUCGUAAGAAGGAAUUAAGCUCUAGAGUUAUAUAUAUAGGACAAUUACCUGAAGAUGACUUUCCACCAAACCAUAUCUGUAACCAGAAAUAUAGUUUCAUUACAUUCCUACCAUUAGUAUUGUAUGAACAAUUUCGAUUCUUCUUAAAUUUGUAUUUUCUUGUGAUGGCUGUUAGUCAGUUCAUCCCUAGCAUCCGCAUUGGAUAUUUAUAUACAUACUGGGGUCCGCUAUGUUUUGUGCUUGCAGUGACAUUGUUUAGGGAGGCUGUUGAUGAUUUUCGACGAUACAGAAGAGAUAAAGAAGUAAAUAGACAGUUGUAUGAGCGUAUAGUUUUAGAUACACCUACUGAUGGCUACCGUCCAUUCUAUACAGAACAUGUGCCUGCUUCAGCUCUUAGAGUUGGUGAUAUUGUUAUGCUUCAUAAAGGUCAGAGGGUUCCAGCAGAUAUGAUACUACUGAGAACAAAUGAGACAAUGGGCACUGUGUUUAUACGUACAGAUCAGCUAGAUGGAGAGAUUGAUUGGAAAUUGAGAAUUCCUCUACCAUCGACCCAAAAACUGCCAACUGAUGCUCACCUUCUUGAUAUAAAUGCGCAAAUUUUUGUUGAGAAACCAGAAAAGGACAUUCAUUCUUUCAUUGGCACUUGUACUCGUUUGGAUGAGGAGGAAAGUGAUUCUCUUGACAUUGAAAAUACACUAUGGAGUGGAAGCGUUGUUGCAUCAGGACAAGCUACUGGCUUGAUCAUUUAUACCGGUAGCGAAACUCGCAGUGUUAUGAAUAACGCAGUACCUCGAUCGAAAGUAGGUCGCUUAGAUCUACAAGUCAAUGAUCUCACCAAAGUACUCUUUGCGGCAACACUUCUCAUCUCCUUCCUUAUGAUCGUCCUCAAAGGGUUUGAUGGACCUUGGUAUGGGUUCCUCUUCAGAUUUAUCCUGUUGUUCUCAUAUAUUAUACCAAUCAGUUUAAGGGUUAACCUCGACAUGGGUAAAGCAUUUUAUUCCUGGACUAUACAACGCGAUAAACGUAUAGAGGGUACAGUGAUGCGUUCCACUACGAUACCCGAAGAACUUGGCAGAAUACAAUACUUGCUAGCUGACAAAACUGGCACUUUAACAAAGAAUGAGAUGGUGUUUCAAAAGCUGCAUCUUGGAAACGCUCUGUUCGACAGUAAUAAUUUUCAUGAGGUGGAGGCGUUCCUAACACAAUACGUGACGAACGACGCACCGUCUCUACCUACAUCUCCAAGCAGUCAGCCAGGCGAAGCUUUAGCUCCGACUCCUCGCCAAAUAUGGGAUGUUGUGUUGGCUUUAGCGCUCUGCCAUAAUGUGACGCCAGUGUAUGACAUUGGAGAACAACGGGCGGAUGAGGCACAGUCGGACAUGGACAGCUCGAUGAUGUCGGAGAGCUGCGGCGGCGCGGUGCCGCAGCAGCAGCUGUGCGACUACCAGGCCUCCAGCCCCGACGAGGUGGCGCUCGUCAAGUGGACCGACAUGAUGGGGAUAUCACUGUACAAAAGAGAUUUGCACAACAUAUCACUGAAACUUCGUGCGGCUAAUGAGAUUAUGCAAUUUACAAUUCUACAAGUUUUCCCUUUCACUAGCGAAAGUAAAAUGAUGGGAAUUAUAGUACAGGAAGAAAACACUGGCGCCAUAACCUAUUACGUAAAAGGAGCUGAUGUGGCUUUGUCUAAACUCUUGGACUCUUCGUGGCUCAGUAGCGAGUGCAGCAAACUGGCAGCUGAUGGGCUUAGGACAUUGGUCGUCGCCAAAAAGACUUUGUCUAAAAAUGAAUAUUUGGAAUUUGAGAGCGAGUAUAAGGAGGCCCGGCUGAGCGUGACAGCGCGCGGCGAGCGCACUGCGGCGGCGUUGGCGCGACUGCGGCGUGGCCUGACGUUGCUGGCGCUCACCGGCGUCGAGGACCGCCUCGCCGACCACGUGCCGCGCACGCUCGCCAUGCUGCGCGCCGCCAACCUCAAGAUCUGGAUGCUGACGGGCGACAAGCUGGAGACGGCACUGUGCAUCGCGCGCUCGCUGCAGCUGGGCGGCGGCACGCACUGGCUGACCGCCAGCGAGUGCACCACCAGACUCCAGGCGUACGCCCUGCUGAACUCGCUGCAGCGCGCAGAUGAAUCCACCGACCUCAUCAUUGAGGGGGAGACCCUAGAGGUGUGCCUGCGGUGCUACGAGGAGGAGUUCGUGUCGGUGCUGCGGCGCUGCUCGGGCAUGGUGGUGGCGCGCUGCUCGCCCACGCAGAAGGCGCGCGUGGCGCAGCUGCUGCGUGCGAGAGGACACGUCGUUGCUGCGGUCGGCGACGGCGGGAACGACGUCGCCAUGAUACAGGAGGCCGACAUAGGCGUGGGCAUCGAGGGUGCGGAGGGGCGCGCGGCGUCGCUGGCGGGCGACGUGAGCGUGCGCGCGUUCAGCUCGCUGGCGCGCCUGCUGCUGGUGCACGGCCGCCGCGCCGCCAUGCGCUCCGCCGCGCUCUGCCUCUUCAUCGUGCACCGCGGCGUCGUCGUCUCCACCAUGCAGGCGGUGUUCUCAGUGGUGUUCUACUUCUCGUCAGUAUCUCUCUACCCCGGAUUUCUCAUGGUCGGCUACGGAACUGUUUUCACUAUGCUGCCAGUUUUCUCUUUAGUUCUUGACAAGGACAUCCCAAGCUCGACGGCACUAAGAUACCCGCAACUGUAUAAACAGUUAACAAAUGGAAGGCAGCUCUCAUAUAAGACUUUUUAUAUGUGGAUUGGUAUAUCUAUUUAUCAAGGCGGCGUCAUAAUGUACGGCGCCCUGGUACUAUUCGAAGACCAGCUGAUCCACAUAGUGGAGAUCAGCUAUACAGCGUUGAUCCUGACCGAGCUGAUCAUGGUGGCGCUGACCGUGGUCACGUGGCACCGCCUCAUGAUCCUGGCCGAGCUGGUGAGCCUGGCCAUGUACGCGGCCACGCUUUUCAUAUUCACCACGUACUUUGAUUCAGACUUCAUUCGCCAUUGGGACUUCUGGUGGAAGGUGACGACAAUAACCCUAGUGUCAUGUCUGCCGCUGUACAUCGUGAAACAUAUGCAUAGGAAAUGGAGAGACCGUCAGUACAAAAACAUUCGAAAAUGA